UUUUCUGGUCCGUGUCCUCUGAGUUUAACUGUGCCCUAUCUCCCUGGGUAAACAUGAUUGAUGUAUCUCAAUGGAGAGCCGCUAUUGGUCAUUGGAACUCCUCCAGACUUCGUUCAUUGACUCCUGCAACUGAUAUUGAUGCUGAAAGUUUGCGGGAAUUAAGAAAUAGAAGUUUCAACGCUGCUUCUACUGAUAAUGUUACUGCUAAUAUUACUGCUACUUACACACACAUUACUGCUGUUUAUUCUGCUAGUACUGGUCCUAACUCUACUCCUAAUUCUACUGCUGAGGUCUCUACUGAGGAAAACAUAGAUCUACCUAUUUAUAAUGGAAUGCUUUCGUGUGAUAUAGUUUCAUAUGCUGUCUACUUAUUGUUCUUUAUGUUUCUCCUCCUUUUAUCAGGAGACAUUGAACUCAAUCCUGGACCUAUCACUGUGGAACAAGCCCGUACACAUAUCAAUAAGUCUCUUUGGGAACAUCUUGCUAGCAUAGAAAAGGCUACAAAGUUCAGUAUUUUAAAUAUUAGCAGUGAGCUCUUUUCCAGAAACCUAAUCUCAGUGGCUGUCAAUAAUUCACCAACAUAUAGAAAAAUAUUUGAUGAAUUUGAAGCUAAAUUAUCUUCUAUAACUGAUCUUUCACAAUUAAUCAAUCGUUAUGAGACAUUUUUGGGUUGUCUAUCAUGUGAUAGUGGACCAGCUAAAGAUGCAGUUGAUAGUUUAACUGCUGAUUGGAAUGAAUUUAAGAAGCAAUGUAAUGAAGAGAACACUUUUUCCUAUGAAGUUUCAUGUGAGGAAACAUUUUAUCAGGAGGAAAUUCCAUGGUUUGUUAUCGGGAAAAUAAUCCAGCAUACUGGUGGAGAAAAGGCACCGAGGGAAUUACACAUAAAAAAACAAAAUUAUACUGAGCUACAACCCCAAGGUGAUGAAUUUCUUGAAAUAAAUUCACAAUGGUUGAAGGAAGUAAUGCAAAAUUCUACGAUUAAACUUAAAGUUACACCAAUGCUAUUAAUCAAUUGUGGUUUACCAAACAGCAGAAAAACCAUAGCAUUAAAAAAAGUCCUGUCAGAUUUAAAGGAAGAAGAUGGUAUUGGGUUUUGUGAUAUGCUUGCUGCUCGAAAUGUAGUCCAUAAUAGGAUUGUGUUUACGCCUCAACUACAAGAUAGGGGAUACCCAUAUAUAAUGUAUACAGGAGUAGAAAGUAUAGCUCGGUUGUCUGGGAAAGUAAUGAGAGUCUCUUUUGAUCAUUUUCCUGGAUUCUCAAAUAAAGAUCUAAAUGAGCAUUUAUUGGAAUUUAUGAUGGGCAUUCUUGGAAAUAAUCUCAUGAAGCAACGUGGCAAGGUCACUGAAUGGGAUCAAAGCCACACAUGUGGGUUAGCUCUUAUUAAUGUUUGGGAUCUUGGUCUUCACAAAAUACCAACUUACGUUCUCUCACAUCUUGCUGGUCAUCUCUACAAUAGUCAUGUUUUGAUGUUUCUUGAUCUGCUACGUGAUGUCGAUCAUCUUUAUGAAGUUCCUGAUAUUCCUGAGAAUCAAUAUGACAAGUCACGUAAUGACAGGGAGCUCAUGAGGUGGAGAUCACGUAUUCAUUAUUUUGUUCGUUUUGCUAAACUUGCUUCAGCAAAAAAUGGAAAUCGCAAAAAAGUUUGCAGUGUAAUUGCUAGCUACAAUGGAUCAACAAAUCUUGAAGAAAAAAUGAAGAAAUUAAAAGAUGCUGUUAGUGAUGUUUCUAAGCAGUUGCAGCUUCAUGAUCUUAUUGAUAUGGAAAAUUUUGAAGUUUUUCACAAUGAAGAUAUUACUUUUUUGUAUCACCUUUUACAAAAGAGAAUAAAAGAUGGCCUGGAGUAUCAUGCUGAAGAAGUUCCGCUUUCUUUUAUGUUUCUUCGCAGUUUGUUUUAUAAGAAAGAUCAGCUUUACGUUAUGAAAGAUGAAUUGCAGGAAUUAUCAAAGGAGCUUAAUAUGGAUGAUGAUAUGUUUUGUCGUUUUUUCACUUCAUUUGGGAGCAUCAUUGAUGUCACUAAAUAA